AUCCAGCGAAGGAUCCCCUCAACCCACUCUCACUCUCUCACUCUGAAACGGCUGCUUCGCUUGCUCAAAGAAAGAGAAGUGGUGAGAAACCCUAGCCUCCAUUGCCACCGCCGUUCCGCCGUUCUUCGCCAGCGUCUUUUCUACGCGGCACCAGCUUCUUUGCCUGGUCCAGCACGCUUCGUCGUCCGUCGCCAGGUCCACUUCGUCGCGUGCCAGCCUCUUUGCCUGGUCCAGCCUUGUCGUCCGUCGCGUUGCCAGGUCCAGCUUCGUCGCCCCUCGCGUGCUCGUCGCUGGCAGUCUCCCCAUCCCUCAUAUUCUGCAAGUUCUCGGCGUUGUAAACAUAAGGAGAAGGACUGCUGCAGUGUCGCCAGCUUCUCCGUGUCACAUUCUUGCUCCUCCUUCAUACUCUGUUCGUUGGAAGACCACCGAAGGAGAACACGUUUAGAGUUCGAGUCUCUCUAAAACUUGAGGGAAUGGAAGCAGAAGAGCUUUGCAUUGCUGAACUUUUUGGCCUCAAAGGAAAGAAGAACACUAAGAAGAACAUGAAAACAAAACCAAAGAAGGAUGGAAAUGUUCCAGAAGAUUCUGCACUGGCAAACAGUGCCUCUGAUUCUGGUGCUACUGCUACAGCUGUAAGCAUUGACAAUGGCGGUGGUAACGAUGUCGGCGGUGGUAACGAUGCUACUAAUAGUAGCAGGAUUAGGGUUUCUUCAUUUGACUAUUCUGCUGAGAAUUUCUUCAGAUACAUUGAUGACAUUGCGGCACUAUGCGGGGAAGAUCAGAAUACUCAUUUUGAUCACAGUGAGGUUCAGAGAUUCUCUUCCUCCCUCACAUUUUUAAGAGAAUGGAGAGAUUUUAGGUAUCCACCAAAAAGCAUUAGGUUUGGUUACAUAACUGAGAGAUGUCAGAGCUCUGAAGAAAAAGAUGCUGGAGCCAUAACUUUGCCUCAGUUCUCAUCAGCCACUGUUCCCCAGUGUGAUGUGCAAAGAAAAGAGCAUCCUGUGGAUACCAAAUUGCAGGAAUCCAGAUGCAGAGACUUUGUGAUGUGUGUUGGAGGCCCUGUAUGGGCGUUAGAUUGGUGUCCUCAGAUAGAUGAAAGGCCUGAUUGUUCAGCUAAAUGUGAGUUUGUUGCUGUUGCUACUCAUCCACCUGGUUCUUCUUACCACAAGAUGGGUGCCCCACUGACUGGUAGAGGUGUUAUACAAAUAUGGUGUCUUCUAAAUAUCCGCGAGCAGGAUGAAGAAAAAUGUUAUUCAACAAAUAAGGGGAAAAAAAGACCUAAAAAAGACAAGUCAACAAAGGUGACGAGGCCUAGAGGAAGACCUAGAAAGAAUCCCAAAGGAAAAGUAAUUGAUAACACAAAUAGUGAAACCCCCCAGUACGUACCAGCCCUAGAUGUUCAGUUUCCAGAAAGAUCUUCUGAGCUUCCUGCUUCAGAUGGGGUUUGUUGGAACGAUGAAGAAAUAUUACCCAUCAUUGACAUGAGUAGAAGAGAACAUAAAAUAAUUGAGGCCUCAAGUGAAAAAUCAGCACAAAUAAAGAGGCCUAGAGGAAGGCCUAAAAAGAGUUCAAAAGAAGCUACUGUAUGUUCUUCAAAUUCUGAGAAUCAAGCUGUGCAAGCUCAUGCAGUUCAGGUUCCAGAAGAUUCAGCUGAAAUAAAUUUUUCAGGCGCAGCUGAUGGAAAUCGCAAUGAAUCAGCCUUGCAACAGUGUUCAGUUGCAAAGCAGAAACAAACCAAGAAAGCUGCUUCUGCAUGCAAUACUGUCUUAGAAACUCAUGUUAAAAGUAGUAGGUUGAAAGCUAACCAUAGGGAUGUGGGAUGCAACGAAGAUGUGGCACUAUUGACACAGGUUGAGAAUGACUCAAGUCAACCUCAUGGCAGCUCUGCAAUGGGUAAUGUAGUUGCCCCUAAUUCUAUUUCAGGGAAUGUGACUAUGCCAAAACUUGUGUGUUGCCUAGCUCAUAAUGGAAAGGUGGCAUGGGAUGUGAAAUGGCAACCGCCCAACAUGUAUGACCCAGUAAGCAAACACCGAAUGGGCUAUCUUGCUGUCUUGUUGGGCAACGGAUCUCUAGAAGUGUGGGAGGUUCCUCUUCCUCGUGUCUUGAGGGAGAUUUAUAAGCAUAGGGACGGCACUGAUCCUCGUUUUAUAAAAUUGGCACCUGUAUUUAAAUGCUCAAUGUUGAAGCGUGGUGGAAAACAAAGCAUUCCGUUGACAGUGGAGUGGUCGGUCAUGCCCCCUCAUGACUAUUUACUUGUGGGCUGCCAUGAUGGAAUGGUUGCUUUGUGGAAAUUCUCUAUAAAGACUUCAUCUAAAUGUGAUGAUACAAAGCCAGUGCUUUGUUUCAGGGGAGAUGCAGCUCCUAUUAGAGCCGUUGCCUGGGCACCAUUUGAAGGUGAUCCUGAGAGUUUCAAUAUAAUAGUUACUGCUGGACAUGAAGGCCUUAAGUUUUGGGACCUGCGUAAUCCAUUUCGUCCUUUGAGGAGUAUGCAACCUGUGCCAAGAAACAUAUAUAGUCUGGAUUGGUUGCCAAAGCCAAGUUGCAUCAUUAUGUCCUUUGAAGAUGGGACAAUGAAAACCAUUAGCUUGGUGAAGGUUGCAAAUGAAUUCCCUGUAAAUGGAAAAACAUACAAUGGGAAAAGACAACCCUGGUUGCACACUUAUUCACUCUCAUCAUCUGCCAUAUGGAAUGUUCAAGUGUCACGUAACACAGGCAUGGUUGCAUACUGUGGUGCAGAUGGUACUGUCUUCCGUUUUCAGCUUACGACUAAAGCAGUAGAAAUAGGUGAUUCACACCAUACUGUUCCAUUCUUCCUCUGUGGGUCAGUAACUGAGGAGGACUCAACUCUUGUGAUCAAUAGUUCAGUUUCAACUGGUCCCUUUCCAUUAAAGAGGUCCAUUGAAAGGGUUCGGUAUGCUCAAUCUUUUCGAGACUUGCUGAGAAAAAGUGCAACCAGUGAGAUGGCGAAGACUUCGAAUCCUGAUUCUCAAACUUUAGGGCUCUGUGGUGAUGACGAUUUGGGUAUGGCAUCAGAAUGUGAGGAAGCAUUGUCUUCCGUGAAGCAGCCCAAAAGACGAAAACUGACUGGUAGCGACAAGAAAAAAUCAGCAGAAAGUAAUUCUCUUGUUAACAAAGAUGAUGCGCCGACAAGUAAUCUCGGGGAUGAUACUGAGAAGGCAGAUUUUGGUCAUAUACCAGAAGUCUUUCCUUCCAAAUGGGUAGCUUUGCAUAGAGUGAGAUGGAACAUGAACAAGGGUAGUGAGAGAUGGUUGUGCUUUGGUGGAGCCGGUGGAAUUGUACGUUGUCAGGAGUUUGUUUACACUGAUAUUGAUCGGAGAUGGGCCUUGAAGAGGUGACAGCAUGUUUCACUUAAAAUUUGAUUAUUUAAAUGUGAAUAGUAGUUGUAAAUUUAGAAUACAUUAACAGUAGAGAAAAUUAGGGAAUAAUAUAUAGUAGGGUAGCCAUGCGGGAUAAAGAAUUUGCCCUGCUUAGUUAAUUAUGAUUUAUGACCAGAUUGAACGAAGUAUAUACUUUUGUUGUAUCCUUUUCCACCUGCAUAUUCAAUUAUUUCAUUUGCAUA